AUGCUCGCCAUCCUUGUGGGCAUUGCAGUGGCAUUGUUCUGUACCUAUCUCAUCAAUGAAUUUCGUCGGCCGGCCAACUAUCCACCGGGCCCACCCUGGCUUCCGGUAGUUGGAAAUACGCCGUACAUAAGGAAACUAGCACGCCAGUAUGGAGGCCAACAUAAGGUGUUCGAACUGCUCGGCAAGUCAUACCAGAGUGAUGUGAUCGGAUUGAAGCUGGGCCGUGAGUAUGUCGUCGUCGCCCUCAACUACACCGCCGUAAAUGAGGUGCACCGCAAUGAUGUCUUUGCCGGACGACCGGACAACUUCUUCAUCCGGCUGCGAACAAUGGGAACAAGACUUGGAGUGACAUGCACGGAUGGCGCGUUCUGGGCAGAACAUAGAAGCUUCGUGACGCGCCAUCUGCGACAAGCUGGUUACGGUCGUCAACCUAUGCAAGUGCAGAUUCAGAACGAGCUGAAUGAACUGGUAGACGUAAUUCGCGAACGUAGGGGCGCACCAAUUUGGCCCGGAUCGAUCCUUUCGACAAGCGUCAUCAAUGUGCUGUGGACGUUUGUUACCGGAACACGCAUCCCACGAGACGAUGACCGACUGCAGCGCCUUCUGACGCUGCUGCAGGAUCGUUCGAGGGCUUUCGACAUGUCGGGCGGUGUGCUGAGUCAGCUUCCGUGGCUUCGUUUCAUUGCGCCCGAGUGGAGCGGCUACAAUUUGCUGCGAAGGUUCAACAAGCAACUGACCGAAUUCUUCACCCCUACCAUCGAAGAACACCAUCGGAAUUUUGGCGAGGAACGGGCAGGCGAUGACCUGAUUUAUGCCUACAUCAAGGAGAUGCGAGAACGCAAGGACGAUCCGGAGACAACCUUCACCGACCUGCAGCUGACGAUGAUCAUCCUGGAUAUCUUCAUCGCUGGUGGACAAACGACAAGCACCACGCUUGACUUGGCCUUCAUGAUGAUGCGCUUGCGGCCCGACAUUCAGGCUCGGGUGCGCCAAGAAAUCGACGCUAAGUUACAGACGGAAGAACUACCCCAACAGACCGACCGAUCCCAGCUGCCAUACACCGACGCGUUCCUGCUGGAGGUUCAACGGUUUUUCCACAUCGUCCCCGUGAGUGGACCACGUCGUACUCUGGCCGAAUGUUCGCUCGGUGGCUAUCGAAUACCAAAGAACACCACCGUACUGAUCGGCCUGAAGACGGUGCAUAUGGAUCCGGAGUAUUGGGGCGAUCCGGAGGUGUUUCGACCGGAACGGUUUCUCGUCGAGUUCGGGAGCGACAUGAAGACGCACCCACACACGGAUCGAUUGAUGAUCUUUGGCAUCGGCAAGAGGCGCUGCCUUGGCGAGGUGCUGGCACGUGCAUGUUUGUUCACGUUUUUCGUUGGAAUUAUGCAAAAAUUUGAGCUUCUCGAGCCAACGAACUCGCAGCCCGGCAUGGAACCAUCAAUCGUUCUGAGACCAGGCAUUACGUUGUCUCCGAAACCGUAUGACGUUGUUUUUAAGCCUCGCUUCUUGUAA